AUGAAUGACAACAACCUCAAUUCAUUUUCCUAAUACUAAACAUAUUCUACCUAUUAAUCUAGAACAGUAUUACCACAAAAUAAUAAUCAAUCACUCAAAAUAUAAGAGUAUACAAGACCUGAAAUUCAGAAAAUCAACUUAAAAUUGGAUUAAAUGCUUGAAACUUUAAAUUAGUUCACUCCCUCCUUAAUGAAUCAAUAAAAAUAAUAAGAGUCCCACUUAAAUAAUAGUCAACUUGAAACUUAACUUCCUCCUUCUUAAUAUAAUUCGUUUAUUGGAAAGGAUAACAUGUAAUAUUCAUAAUAAUAAUAAAAAUAAUUCACAAACUAACGAAGUCAACCACUUCAAUAUUCUAUCAAUCCUCAAUAAACUUAAUACAAUGCAAGUCUCAAAUAAGAAUUUGAUGAAUACCUUUAAUUUAAGGACUUUAUUAAAGCCAAGAAACUUGUACUCAAUAGCAAUGCUCCCCUGUCAGAUUUAUAUAAAUAUUACCUAGAGAAUGACGUUUACUAGAAAACUUAAUACUAUAGAUACCAAGAAGAAAAGGUUAAUAAAAUCAUAUUAUAAAAAUGA